UAAUCAGUACUUGAUAAGCUAUAACUAAAAUGGUUUUUGUUUACAACAAUUAAUAACAAUCAAUUUGGUAUUUCGGUGUAUUACUGUAUUAGUAUAAUACUACUUUGUAACUCUAAAGUCUAUGAUUCAUUGGUAAGGAUUUUAUAAUAAGAACUAAGAAACAAGAUGGAAAAGUUUUUUGCGUACCAAAAAGAUGGUAGAAUACCGUGCAAAUAUGGGAGAAAAUGUUUCCAAACAAAUAAAGAGCAUACAGAUAAAUAUAAACAUCCACCAACCAAAGAUGAUAUUAAAGCGGACACUAAAAAAAUUACAAGAAAAAGAGACUCAAAAGGAAAAGUUAAAUUAUCCAACCAAACUAAUGGAGAAUCAUCAAACGGCGAUCAUAGAACUAAUAAAGAAAGUCACAACAUUGGUGAAACAAAUGAUAUGGAAGUUCCUGAACGUCCUGAACAAAUAAUAAGCACUUCCAACAGUGAACCUAAUAAUAUUACUCCUAUAAAUAACCAACAAAGUUCUACUGAAUAUGCAGUGCCAUCAAUAAGACAACAUUCACAACAGCAACAAUUAUUAUUGACAAAUAAUACAUUAGAAGAUUGCAGUGUUGAUGAUGGUAUUGUUCCAUGUACACCAACAUUAUUCACACCCCGACGUUUAGAUGGAGAGACUGUUAGUUCACCUCAUGUACCAUCUAGCAAUCAAGUACAAAGAUUUACAUUUGUCGGUGAAUCUCAGCCAUCUCAUAUUCCUGACUCAAAUGAUAGAGAACAACCAGACCCACCUGUACAAAAUGUAACUGAUUGUGACUAUUUGAAAACAAAAAUUUCUGAGCUAUUUCUUGUAGAUGAAAUGCCAAAGGAGUUUUAUGAUCUUUGGAGUUUUUGUAAAAGACAAUGUUCCACUCAUCCAGAAGAUGCAUUAUUAUCGGUUGGAUUGAAACUUGUGGGACCUUAUGAUGUAUUAGCAGGACAUAUGAAUGGGUUUAACACCAAUGAUAUUGAAAAGACAGUCUUACAUUGGCGUUAUUACUACGACCCUCCAGAAUUUCAAACAAUUAUAGCAAGUACUGGUUCAGAAUUUCAUAUAGGUUAUUAUAGGGAUGUACCAUUAGCAUCGCCUGUUUAUGUUGUUUCUAAUGAUUCAAGCAAAAACUGUAUUAUUCAAAAAUUAGGAAAAAGUUUAUUUCAAGCUUUAAGGAAGCACCUUCAAAGCAUGGAUAGUAAAGUAGCGACUACACUUCAAAAAAAAUUACUCGCUUAUGAAAAACGAAAAGUUACUGAAAUCUUAGAAGGUCGAAAAUGUGAUCCAGUGACAAAAACAUUUCAUAAAGCUGGAAUUGUAGUUCCAUAUGAUAGUAAGACCGAUAUUGGUUAUCGGCCUUUAUCAGAAUCUGAAUAUACUCUACAUAAAAUUCUAAAAUCCUACCAUGAAGCAAGUGAAAGUAAAAAAAUGGAGGUAAUGGAUAAAUUACAACCAAUUAUAAAUUAUGCCAACAUAGCAAGUGAUGAGUGUGACUUUGGUACCGGGUUCGAAUUAGGGAUUGAUUUUUUUUGUGACGGAAAUCCUGAUCUUCAUCGUAUUUGUAAACAACUCUUGGUAACUGCUUACAAUUUACUUAGAAGACCUCAAUUUGCUACUAUUAUUAAGGCACAUCUCAACAACAGAAAAAAAGGUCUAAACAUGAGUAUAUUAUAAAUGUAUUAAUAUGUAAUUAAAAUCCUAUUGUACUGUCAAGUUUUUAUUCUUAUACUAUACAUUUAUUUUUUCUAUUUACCUAUAUAAUUUUUCUAAUUUAAAUAACACUAUAAAAUAAAACAACAGAAUUAUAUAUUACUUAAGUUAUUCAAUUUUUUUUUUUGUUUUGUUUUAGUUCAAUUAGAAAUUAAAUCUUGUGAAUAGUAUUGAUUUUGUACAUGUUUAAAAUUAUAAUUUUGUAAUUUCUUAACA